GGGUGAACAUACAAACGCCUACACGCGACUUGACUUGACAGCAUCAACACAACGCGGAGCUCAUCGGAGCCAGACCGACUUGUUCAGGGGGACAAUGGAGACGACUACCCAGGAGAGCGCGAAGGAUUUGGGCUGCAGUUCGUCCGAAGAGGAGACGAAAAGCUCCUCUUCGCCUCCGGGAGCGCCGCGUCAUCGCCAUCCGUUCAGCGUGGAGGCGAUCAUGUCCGGGAGGACGACGUGGGCGAGCCGCGUGGGGGAGCCCGGUCGGUGCGAGGUGGAGGCCGGAUCACCGCCCGCGGGAUUUGGUUCCGUUUACAAGUGCGGGGAUGCGGCCGCACAGGCCCGGAAGAGCUCCCCGGCAGCGCCCAUGUCGCCGGUCAAGUCCGAAGCAUCGGAGGCGGAAGACUGGCUGCUCUCCUCUCAGCCUCGUCACAUCAGUCCCGCCUGCCAGUUGAGGAAGCACAAGACCAACCGCAAGCCGCGCACGCCCUUCACCACGUCUCAGCUUCUGGCUCUGGAGCGAAAGUUCCGGCAGAAGCAGUACCUGUCCAUCGCAGAGCGGGCCGAGUUCUCAUCCUCCCUCACCCUAACGGAGACCCAGGUGAAGAUUUGGUUUCAGAACCGCCGGGCCAAAGCCAAAAGGCUCCAGGAGGCCGAGUUGGAAAAACUCAAGAUGGUCACCACGGCCAAAUCGACGACGACGGUGGCGGCGGCGGCGCUGGUUCAGCCUGGCCUCCGGUUGCCAAUGACGCUGGGCACCAUGUCUCUAUACGGACAGUCCUUCUCUGCGUAUCACCAGAGAGCCAUGAUGCCCUUUUCGCCAUUAGGACUGUAUGCCGCUCCCCUGGGCUACAGCAUGUACCACUUGUCAUAGGAAUGGAAUCAUCACUGACUUUAUGGAGGACGCAUUGAUGAUACUGGACUGACUUAACAUGUUUAUAGCCGCACAAGGAGAUCUUUUAUUCUCCCCAUGGUGAGGAUUGUAAAAUGGUUUAGAUGAGCUGCCUGCUCACAUGAUGUCCCGAUUAACAGCUCAUGUUUACUACACGCUUGCACUGGACUCUCAAUUGAUCGCCAAAUGUGCCUUGUGUUCACAAGGGCCUUAAGUCGUACAGAGAACCGCAUUUAUUGCGGGGGAUAUGUUACAGACCCACCCGCAAUAGGUGAAAAUCCAUGAUAUAGAUAUACAGUAUAAAGUCGUAACACUUCUUGGUUUCAAGCACAUUCAAUUUAUGAAAAACACCUUCAAAUGUUUUCCUUAGCACUUGUUGCUUGCACAGUUAUCUAAAGAGGCAGAGGGCGAUUGCUUCAAGCUCCCUCCCAGUUGAAGUUUACAGUAAAAUUGCCACAAAAUAUAUGACAGAAAACACUCUGUUCCCAUUCAAAUGAAUGCAAAUGCCAUUAUUCCGUUCCACCCCCAAAGAAACCCAAUCAAACCAAAAACAGCACUCUGUAUUAUACUUUUGAAAACAGUAAUGACACUUAAAUUACAUUUUCUCUUUCAAUGCUGCUCACUCUGGUAUCUACUCGGGAUGUAACGAUAACGAUGACAUUAAAAUUACCACAAUAUCGUCAUCAGGUUACAAUAUUGAAAGCAACACAUCCCUGUCCAAAAAAAAAUCUUACUUUUCCCCCCCGCUUCAGCCAAACACAGCAUUGUAAACUACAUAGACCAUGAUACUAUGCACCGCGGAGCCAAAAGGAACACACCACAAUAAAAUGACGGACGAAAACCAUUUCUCUCUCACUGAGAUUAUUAUGUACAAAAGCACAAUGGUUUUUUUGUUUUUUUACAACAGAGAGUUUUUAAUACAGUAUUUUGAUAUCCCCAAAAUAUUCCUCACACACCCCUUGUCUCCACAUAGAUGCUAAUCGUUAUCUUAUAUGCCUAUAGCAUUCCCCAUUGUAUGUUAGCAUUAAGCUAGCUUAGGCUAUGUGGUUAUUUUGAAUACACAACGCGUAUAAAUUUCUCUAUUUUAUGUUUUCUUAGGCAGUCAUCUUCAGCUGAGAAUGGCAAUAAACAGCAGGAAAAGAAAUUGUCCAAUCAACGGCUCGUAUUUUGAAAAACCUGCAAGUCGUAUCACCACUGUGUAUUCAAACACCAAAGUGUUUAACAAAACCACAUACAUUUUAAAUACCAAAAGUCUGCUAGCUUCAUGCUAACAUAAGGAGAACGGAAUAAAUGGGUGUAUGGAAAUGAGCAUAGAUGAUAUGAACCUUCAAGCAACAACUACUUUAACACACGCACACACACAGGUACCACACGCAUGCAAAUAACAUUCCCCAAAGGCCAAGAUUUAAUGUCUCUCUUCUUCUUGCUCUUAAAUAUGCUGCAUCUCUCCCAGUAGACCUCAGUGCUGUGACAAAAUGCGCUAUGUAGCCUGUGUAUCGAAAUGAUUGCUUAAAAUUCUACGAUAAAGUGUGGAUGCAAACAAUGAACGCCACGCGACAAAGCGGGGCAACACUGUAGCGCCCAAAAGAUUCAGCUUCAACACCAAAUAUCGGUAAAUGUUAAUAGACCCGUUUUAAUAAUUUUUUUAUUUGCCUUUUAUUGUGGCUUUAACCGCCUCAGCAAUACAAGAUGGUGGCCUUAAACCUAUUUAUUCUCUCUGGAACUGUGGGGAUUGUACAGGUGACUUUUUAUAUAUUUAUGAUUAUUAGCGAGAACGUGGUAUGAGCGAUAUAUUUGUAUGGUUAAUGAACGACCCUUUAAAAGGGUCCACAUUAUACUGUGCGGUUUCGACUGCAUGUAUUUUGUUGAAAUCAAAUAAAGCCUUACAUUAUGUUUGUUUUUAAAAAAAA